GCGCUGGGUCACUCGUGUGGGAAGUGCUGAAAUUUCAACGCGUCACAGCAGCGUUACACACGGAUCACACGCAGAUUCUGGUCGUUGAGGAGCUCGUGAACGAUCGCAGCCGAGCGAGGCGGCACUUUAACGGCUGUAAGCCGAGACCCGGUCCUCCAGCUGAUCACCCAACAGCUCAGAGGCUAACUACACUAGCGAGCGUCACUCGCGCGCCCACGUCUCAGAUCUUGGAUAUUAAUACUUCCGAUCGAGCUGAUCGAUCAGUCAGUGAUCAUGGAGAGGAAGAGGACGGAUUGUCCGGCGCUUCCACCCGGCUGGAAGAAGGAAGAAGUGAUCCGGAAGUCCGGACUGAGCGCUGGGAAGAGUGAUGUGUAUUAUUACAGUCCCACAGGAAAGAAGUUCCGGAGUAAACCGCAGUUGUCCCGCUACCUUGGCAACACUGUGGAUCUGGGAUGUUUCGACUUCCGCACCGGCAAAAUGAUGCCGAGCAAGAUGCAGAAGAGCAAACAGAGACUGCGCAGCGACAUCCUCAGCCUGAGCAAGGGAAAGCCGGAUCUGAACACAGCGCUGCCCAUCAGGCAAACGGCCUCCAUCUUUAAGCAGCCGGUCACUAAAGUGGUCAAUCAUCCGAACAACAAGGUGAAGACGGACCUUCAGCGAGCCACAGAGCAGCCGCGACAGCUCUUCUGGGAGAAGCGUUUGAAGGGAUUGCGGUCGUCGGAUGUGUCGGAAGAAGUGCUCAGGACUAUGGAUCUGCCCAAAGGCUUACAGAGUAUCGGCCCAGACUCGUCGGACGAGACGCUGCUGUCGGCCAUAGCGAGCGCCCUGCACAUGAGUUCAGCGCCCAUCACGGGUCAGACGUCCACGGCCGCCGAGAAGAACCCCGCCAUCUGGCUCAACACAUCCCAGCCGCUCUGCAAAGCCUUCACCGUCACUGAUGAAGACAUACGGGAGCAGGAGCUGAAGGUCCAUCAGGCCCGGCGCAGUCUGGAAGAAGCGCUGAUGGCAGACACUUUGGCACGGGCUGCCGAAUCCACCCGGGACAUAGAGGGCAGAGCGGCGUAGAGAUCCGGCAGAUUUCUUUGUGCACUGGAGUCACGUGGAUGUCCUGGAAAUGAUGUCAUCAGUCUGCGUCAACAGCAGCUGAACCAAGCACACUUUCAUAACCCAAUACAGAUAGCUUCAACCAAGGCCUUUUUCAACUAGAGCAUAUAUUUUGAUGUACAUAUCUAUAUAUAAUUGAGAACAAUGCUUAUUUUGUGUCAGACAUAAGUCAUUAGAAAGAAAAUACAGCUUUUAUAUGGACAAAUGCAGAGCAAUACUUCCUCUCGUCAAAUCAGGUUACCGUGGCUGGAUUUGUAAUGCAAACUAUUUUUACUCUUGUUUUUGUUGUCGUUGGUCGUACGGGAUGUGCUCUCUUCAGGGUUUGUAACAAAUAAUUAAUACAUUUACAAACGUAUGAAUGAAAAACUGCUUAUUUAAGAAAAAAUUUUAUACCUUGAGAUAAAGAUGUGUACAUUUCUUGCAUCAUUCUAGAGUAAAUAAAUGAUUAUAUUCACAAA